CCCAGUUCGGUGCCAGUUGCGUGGGCUCUAGCUUCGUGCGUUUUCCUUGGAAUGCUCCAAAACUCGGCAGCGACUAAGGAAAUCCCAUUGGAAUUUGCCGGGCGUGCUCUCACCCGGCACAGCACCCGCGCCGCAUGUCCUUGGAUCGAUCGCUCUUCAGCCAGAAAAUUGCCAACUUUGCAGAGACAAGGAAAUAGCAUGGCAUGAAACAUGGCUCAGUUCUACUACAAAAGGAACGUGAAUGCUCCCUACAGAGAUCGGAUCCCUCUAAGGAUAGUCCGAGCGGAAUCAGAACUCUCACCGUCAGAAAAAGCCUACUUAAAUGCUGUGGAAAAGGGAGAUUAUGCAAGUGUCAAGAAAUCCCUGGAGGAAGCUGAAAUUUAUUUUAAAAUCAAUAUUAAUUGCAUCGAUCCUCUUGGAAGAACUGCUCUCCUCAUUGCAAUUGAAAAUGAGAACUUGGAGCUCAUUGAACUACUUUUAAGCUUUAAUGUCUAUGUUGGAGAUGCCCUAUUACACGCUAUCAGGAAGGAAGUUGUCGGAGCUGUUGAGCUGUUACUGAACCACAAAAAGCCCAGUGGCGAAAAACAGGUGCCUCCCAUACUCCUUGAUAAGCAGUUCUCUGAAUUCACUCCAGACAUUACACCAAUCAUUUUGGCAGCCCAUACAAAUAAUUACGAAAUAAUCAAGCUUCUAGUUCAGAAAGGAGUCUCUGUGCCCAGACCCCACGAGGUCCGCUGCAACUGCGUGGAAUGCGUCUCCAGCUCGGACGUGGAUAGCCUCCGCCACUCACGUUCCAGACUCAACAUCUACAAGGCCUUGGCCAGCCCCUCCCUCAUCGCACUGUCAAGUGAAGACCCUUUUCUCACAGCCUUUCAGCUAAGUUGGGAGCUUCAGGAGCUGAGUAAAGUGGAAAAUGAAUUCAAGUCGGAGUAUGAGGAGCUGUCCCGACAGUGCAAACAGUUUGCCAAGGACCUACUGGAUCAGACAAGGAGUUCCAGAGAACUGGAAAUCAUUCUUAAUUACAGAGAUGACAGUAGCCUUAUAGAAGAACAAAGUGGAAAUGAUCUCGCCAGACUCAAAUUGGCCAUAAAGUACCGUCAAAAAGAGUUUGUUGCUCAGCCCAAUUGUCAACAACUGCUUGCAUCUCGCUGGUACGAUGAGUUCCCAGGCUGGAGGAGACGGCACUGGGCGGUGAAGAUGGUGACGUGUUUCAUCAUAGGACUUCUUUUUCCCGUCUUCUCUGUGUGCUACCUUAUAGCUCCUAAAAGCCCACUGGGACUAUUCAUCAGAAAGCCAUUUAUCAAGUUCAUCUGCCAUACAGCGUCCUAUUUGACUUUUUUGUUCCUGCUGCUGCUUGCCUCUCAGCACAUCGACAGGUCAGACUUGAACAGGCAAGGUCCACCACCAACCAUCGUCGAGUGGAUGAUAUUACCGUGGGUCCUGGGUUUUAUAUGGGGAGAAAUUAAACAAAUGUGGGAUGGUGGACUUCAAGAUUACAUCCAUGAUUGGUGGAAUCUAAUGGAUUUUGUGAUGAAUUCCUUAUAUUUGGCAACGAUCUCUUUGAAAAUUGUUGCAUUUGUAAAGUACAGUGCACUUAACCCACGAGAAUCUUGGGACAUGUGGCAUCCCACCCUGGUGGCUGAAGCUUUAUUUGCCAUCGCGAACAUCUUCAGUUCCUUGCGCCUGAUCUCGCUGUUUACUGCAAAUUCUCAUCUGGGGCCUCUGCAAAUAUCUCUGGGAAGAAUGCUCCUGGACAUUUUGAAGUUUCUAUUCAUAUACUGCCUUGUGUUGCUAGCAUUUGCAAAUGGCCUAAAUCAAUUGUAUUUCUAUUAUGAAGAAACAAAAGGGUUAAGCUGUAAAGGCAUACGAUGUGAAAAGCAGAAUAAUGCAUUUUCAACAUUAUUUGAGACGCUCCAGUCCCUGUUUUGGUCAAUAUUUGGGCUGAUCAACUUAUAUGUGACCAAUGUCAAAGCACAGCAUGAAUUCACUGAGUUUGUGGGUGCCACCAUGUUUGGGACGUACAAUGUCAUCUCUCUGGUUGUCCUACUCAACAUGUUAAUAGCUAUGAUGAAUAACUCUUACCAACUCAUUGCUGACCAUGCAGAUAUAGAAUGGAAAUUCGCUAGAACAAAGCUUUGGAUGAGUUAUUUUGAAGAAGGUGGUACUCUGCCUACUCCCUUCAAUGUCAUCCCAAGCCCCAAGUCUCUCUGGUACCUGAUCAAAUGGAUAUGGACACACCUGUGCAAGAAAAAGAUGAGGAGAAAGCCUGAAAGUUUUGGAACAAUAGGGAGGCGAGCUGCUGAUAAUUUGAGAAGACAUCACCAAUAUCAAGAGGUUAUGAGGAACCUGGUAAAGCGAUACGUUGCCGCAAUGAUCAGAGAUGCCAAAACUGAAGAAGGGCUGACUGAAGAGAACUUUAAGGAACUAAAGCAAGACAUUUCCAGUUUCCGCUUUGAAGUCCUGGGGUUGCUACGAGGAAGCAAACUCUCCACAGUGCAGGCGGCUCAGGCCACGAAGGAGUCCUCCAAUUCGGCCGACUCGGAUGAGAAGAGCGAUAACGAGGGCAGCAGCAAGGACAAGCGAAAGAACUUCAGCCUGUUCGACUUAACCACGCUGAUUCACCCGCGAUCAGCCGCCAUUGCCUCCGAAAGACACAACAUAAGCAACGGCUCGGCUCUGGUGAUGCAGGAGCCCCCGAGGGAGAAGCAGAGAAAAGUGAAUUUUGUGACCGAUAUCAAAAACUUCGGGUUAUUUCACAGACGAUCCAAACAAAACGCUGCUGAGCAAAAUGCAAACCAGAUCUUCUCUGUUUCAGAAGAAGUCACUCGUCAACAGGCCGAAAGACCAAUGGAGAGAAAUAUUCAACUGGAAUCUCGAGGGUUGGCUUCCCGGGGUGACUUGAACAUCCCGGGUCUCAGCGAACAGUGUAUAUUAGUAGACCACCGAGAACGGAACACGGACACCCUGGGCUUACAGGUGGGCAAGAGAGUGUGUUCCUUCAAGUCGGAGAAGGUGGUGGUGGAGGACACCGUCCCAAUCAUACCAAAGGAGAAGCAUGAGAAGGAAGAAGACUCUAGCAUAGACUAUGACGGAAACCUCACAGACACAGUCAGCCACGAGGAUUACGUGACCACCAGGUUGUGACACUUGAAGGAGGAAGCGUUGGUCAUGCAUAUAGAUAUUUUCCAUAGUGCUCUGGGGAGGGGGAGAAUUAGCAAAAGCUAACUUACACUUUAUAUCAUUUAUCAACUGUGGCAUAGUAACGCGUAACAUGUUUAACUGAGGCAAAGGCUAUCAGAAACCCUGGUUUUGUAACCAGCUUUUGCUUUCACAAUUUGUUUUACCCAUUUUUUUGGUUGACGUUAAUAAAUGCACCGUGUAUCUUGUACUGUUGCAAUAAUCCACAGGAAAUUUUUAGCUCUCUUUUUCAACUAAAACAAACCCAACUUAUUCAUGUGGUAGUUGACUCCUAUGAUAGAUAUUUUUAUAUGCAAAAAACAGUGUAGCUGAAAUAUUCGAGCUUUUCAUAAUUUUUUAGGGUCUUUAGAGAUGGUGACUCAUCAAGGACUUUUCAGGCAGCCUUAUAGUGUGGCUUUAAUACACAAAUAUUACCAAAUUAUUUCUUACCAUGUAAAUAAUUACAGCACAAAUUAAAGUAAGCAAGCCCUCUUCUCAUGGAGUCAGGAUUAAACUCCCUCUUAAAACGGAAGUCAGGUGUACUUUGGAGUUUUAGAUGGCCCAAUUUUUACUUUCAGUAAGUAAAAUAAAUGUUUGUCUUCAUAAGUACUGACAAUUGAUGAUUUUUUAAUGAGAUUUUGUCAUGACAGAAGUUUUAUUUCAACUUUUUUUUUU